AUGGCUGCGUCUACUGGGUCUGACAAACCCUCAGUGAGAGAGCUCUUCACCUCCAUGCAGUACGGACCUGCUCCUGAGGCCGCCAAUGUCGCUCAGGCAUGGCUUGAUUCUUAUGAACGAAGCUUUGGCCAUUUUAUCGGUGGCAAAUGGGUAAAACCAGAUGGAAGACAGACGUACGCUACUAAGAACCCAGCGACUGGAGAGGUCCUGGCCACCACCAUCCAAGGAAACGAGGAGGAUGUAGAAUUGGCAGUCAGCACGGCCCGGAAAGCCUUUGAGAGUUGGAGCAGACUUCCUUGUCAUGUUCGGGCACGAUAUCUAUACAGCAUAGCCCGCACUGUACAGAAACACCAACGGUUACUGAGCGUGCUGGAAAGCAUGGACAACGGGAAGCCCAUCCGAGAAUCACGCGACUGUGAUGUCCCACUGGUGGUUCGCCAUUUUUACCAUCAUGCCGGUUGGGCUCAGCUCAGGGACACGGAGAUGACAAACUGGAAGCCUCUUGGUGUUGUUGCCGCCAUCGUUCCCUGGAAUUUCCCACUCAUGUUACUCACCUGGAAAAUAUGUCCUGCUCUGGCCAUGGGAAAUACUGUAGUGUUAAAACCCGCCACAUAUACACGGUUAACAGCUCUUCUUCUGGCUGAGAUAUGUGCAGAGGCUGGUCUACCUCCAGGAGUGUUCAACGUGGUUACUGGUAAUGGUGCUUUUGGGGAGAAACUUGCUGUUCAUCCUGAUGUGGACAAAGUAGCAUUUACCGGCUCUACUGAGGUGGGGCGCAUUCUCCGCAAAGCAACAGCCGGCACUGGCAAGAAGUUGUCCCUGGAGCUUGGUGGCAAAUCUCCAUUUGUUGUGUUUGAUUCAGCUGACCUGGACAGCGCAGUAGAGGGAAUUGUGGAUGCCAUUUGGUUCAAUCAAGGCCAGGUUUGCAGUGCAGGAUCCCGUCUUCUCAUACAAGAAUCCAUUGCUGAAGAUUUGAUUCGCAGACUGAAGCAGAGGAUGUCACACCUGAGGGUUGGGGACAGCCUCGAUAAAUGCAUUGACGUGGGAGCCCUGGUGGAUGAAAGUCAAAAGAAAACAAUCAGUGAGUUUGUGGAGGAGGCUCGUUCAGAAGGGGCAGAGGUUUUCCAAGCCCCUGGCCCGCUACCUAAAAAAGGAUUAUACUACCUGCCAACCCUGAUCACUGGUGUGGACACCACUUCUCGCUGUGUCAGAGAAGAGAUUUUCGGACCUGUCUUGGUUGCAAUGUCUUUCCGCACAGCUAAAGAGGCCAUUUCUCUGGCAAACAACACCCCAUAUGGAUUGGCAGCAAGUGUCUGGACAGAAAAUCUACCUUUAGCGCUGGAAGUAGCUAUGAGCAUUAAGGCUGGCACUGUGUGGGUAAACGGACACAAUAUGUUUGACGCAGCCGCUGGGUUUGGUGGAUAUAAAGAGAGUGGAUUUGGCCGUGAUGGCGGAAAAGAGGGGCUGUAUGAAUACGUCAGACCGUCUUGGGAGAGUCGAGCCAAGCCAAAUCCUGGAGAUGUCAACUAUAAAACAUUUGCUGUUACAUAUGGGGCCGAUGUCCCUCCAAUUCCAGGGCAAAAAGACAUCAGUGCAUCUGUCAUUCAGGUUCAUGACUCUCAGAUUCCCAGUGUGGACAGAACCUACAAGCUAUAUUAUGGCGGAGCCCAGAAGCGUCCAGAUGGUAUGUACUCUCGACCCAUCUUUGGAUCCGAUGGCACUAUAAUGGCGUAUGUGGCUGACAGCAACAGAAAAGAUGUGCGCAACGCUGUGGAAGCCGCUCAUAAAGCUGCUCCUGGGUGGGCCAAGAGGGCAGCUCAUAAUCGAGCACAAGUUGUGUACUACAUGGCUGAAAAUCUUGAGCUGCGGAGGGAAGAAGUAGCCCAGCGACUGAGCUCUUUGACCGGACGGUCUAAAGAGAAGGCUUUGCAAGAAGUGGACCUCAGCAUCCAAAGACUCUUCUACUGGGGAGCAUAUUGUGACAAAUAUGGUGGCACUGUACAGGAAACUUUGCUUUAUGGAGCUACUGUUCUUAUUCGAGAACCCGUUGGAGUAGUAGGCAUUGCUUGUCCAGAUGAAAAUCCUCUCCUAAGUUUUGUCAGCCUCUUUGCUCCAGCAAUUGUUCGUGGAAAUGCUGUGGUGGUUGUGCCAAGUGAAAAGUUCCCUCUGCUGGCCUUGGACUUUUACCAGGUAUUUGACACCUCAGACCUUCCAGGAGGGGUUGUAAACAUACUUACCGGUGGACGGGACCAUUUGUCCAAAUAUCUGGUGGAACACCAAGAUAUACAAGCAAUGUGGUACUUUGGAUCUGAAGAGGGAUCUAAAUUUAUGGAGUGGUCUUCUGCCGAAAAUUGCAAGCAAACCUGGGUAAACUACGGGCUCACCAGAGACUGGGAGAACCCCCAGGAGGGAGAAGGCGAAGAGUUCCUGUAUCAUGCCACCCAGUGCAAAAACAUCUGGAUACCCAUGGGGGAAAUAUUUGCAAACUAACAUGGUGAAGGCCUUAUUGCAGUCAGGGGAUCUUAUGACUUACAGUACAUUCAAUUAAUACCUCAGUGCAUUUCUAAGGACCUGUAAACCCAUCAAAGAUUAUGUGCCCUUCUUUCUUAGGGUACUUUCACACUAGCGUUUUUUUAUUCCGGCAGCGGAACUGCCUGCCGGAUCCAGCAAGCCGUGUACAAAUGGAAAGCUUUUUUUUUCCGGAUCCGUUAGACAGAUCCGGUGAAAUACCGGAUCCGUCUCAUCCAGUAUCAUACGAAAUAACAGAUCCGGAAUUUGAAGAUCAAAAGCAAAAAUAGCUCCUCCUAUAUCCCGGUGCAUGCGCGGACUGGAAAACCCAAGCAGCAUUUUCCGGAACACUUUGUACCGGAUCCAGCAUUAAUACAUCUCUAUGGAAAUAAAUGCCGGAUCCGGCAAGUGCGGUAUUGUUCCGGGAUUUUGGCCGGAAAAAAUACCACAGCAUG